CCGUUACUGCAUAAACAGAUCUCGCUUAUUUUCGUUUUUUUAGUUGUUAUUCGUAUACGAUCCAUUUGAAGCUUCGGUUUAAAAUAAUGGAGCACUAAUAAAACGGCAAUUCGUGAGCGUUAUUCACAAUUCUUAUUUGGUUGUCAUUCAAUUAUGUGCGCCAUAUCUAUAGAAGUAUGCAUUCUCACCGAAAUUAGCGAUUCUUACUGUGCGGAAUACUGAAUACCCGACAAAUUCUGAUACCAAAGCCUUUGUAGUCUUUUCCGCCGGAUAGAAAUAUUUUAAGAAGAAAGCUAAAAUGUCCCGUGGUGCGGUGUUGGAAAACACUCCAAGCGCUGGCAAACUGUCUAUCGCCGGUCAGAAUGUUCUGGAUCCCGAGCGCAGCUCCAUUGUGCAGCGUGGAAUAUACCAGCGUGUGCAAGAGUCCGACGGAAGGAAUUGGCUCUUCUAUCAGCUGUUUCUGCGGCAGGAUUUUGAUGCCUGCAGUAUCUCUUUAGCCACAUGCGAAGAACCAAACUCCCCCGUGCAAGGAACGUAUGGAGUUUUCAUGAAAGGACUGAUUGCAAAAAGACAAGGAAAACUGACGGAAGCUUUGAACUUCAUGAAAUCCUGCCACAAUCGUGAUCAGCGCAACCUGGAAGUUUUACGCGAGCUGAUAUCUUUAUGCUAUUUGACAUGCAAUUACAAACAAGCGCUGCAGUAUGUUCAGUUCGUAAAAGCCAUGAAUUCGUCGGAUGAUUGGUUUUUGGCACAUCAUCAAGGAUUAUGCUACGAACGUCUGGGUGACCAAAAUAUGGCAGAAGAACACCUAAAGUCGGCAAUAAACAUUUACCCUCAAGAAAAAUCCUACCUGGUAUUGGUAGAUUAUUAUUUGCGGCAUGAUGCACCGGAUAAAGCCCUUGAGUUGCUUGAGAGAGCAAAAAGGGUGUUCCCGGAAAGCAGUCUGGUUUCUUCACGUCUAGGAUUUUUACAAAUUAAAAAUCCAAAAGAGCUGGAUAAAGGUUUCGGCAAUUUAGCGCAGGCAGCUGCUGCGUCGAAACUCCGCGGUGACGCCACAUUGUUGGCCGUCGCUUCCGUUAUGCAGCGCAAACUGGAUCCGGACGGCGCUCUGAAAAAAUACGAAGUCAUCCUGCAAGAUCCGGGUGAUAUCAACGCGGCGGUGCUGAACAAUAUUGGGUUGUGUUAUUUCGCCAAACGCAAAGCCGCGCCGGGUGGGAAGCGCGCAGAUACGAAAGCUCCGCCCGAGGAUGACAUAUAUGCCCAGCGUAUACUGCAGGCUAUUGGCUGCCUGGAGAAAGCGCGUCAGUUGGCGCCCUUUGAUGCCCGGAUAGCCGGCAAUCUGGGAUAUGUCGCCAGAGAACUAGGAUUAUUUGCGACGGCCAGCUAUAAUCUCAUGUCGGCAAUUCGUUUGACCAGGAAAACCGCCGUUACGAAUUUCUAUAUGCUGUUAGCUGGAGUUGCGGAGAAUCUGGAGAUUCAAACUCAAGCUAACCAAUUAUACCGACAUUGUGUCAAAUCCAACAGCUCAAAGGAUCCCCUUGUAUUUUUAAAUUUCGCCUCGUUUUUGUUGCGGCAAGGCGAGCAUAGCAGUGCCGCGGAGAUGGCUCAACGUUGUCAUCUGGCGCUGCGUGAGGCCGAAAAAACCGGAAUUAUGACCGAUCCCGUGAUUGUCAACGGUUUCAAGUUGCUCCGAGCAAAGGUGUCCAUUCCCGAUACACCACCGCCCACACCGGAUGUUCCGCAUGGUGAGGGCGCCGCAGAUGCUGUAGUGACCGGUGCCGGCAGCCACGAGAUGGUCGUAGCUGCCCAGGUCGAGCCGAACAGUCCUAAAUAACUGCUUAUCUUCAUGUCUUUUAUAAUGUUGUUUUUUCCGUCCUUUUUUGGUUUGAGACUUUGAAUGAAAUACUGCUUUACUGUAUCGGUUGUGUAACUCGAUCCACUGACAUAUAUAUUUUGUGCAGUACAACAU